AUGGCUUUUAGCUUCCGCAGUUGUUUCGCGAACUGUUUCAUCUUCAUCCUCACCGUCCUUCACAUCAUCGUCCUCGCCGGAUCCAUCGCAGCCGUCGCUCUCAUCUUCGUCAUCCGACCUAACCCCACCUUCCCAGCGGGUUGGGGCUUCAUCAUCGUCGGCGCCGUCACCUUCCUCGCCGCAGUCUUCGGCGUAUUUUUCUCAGGCCGAUUCGGCUGCUGCGGGAUUCACCUCCUCCUUCACGCGCUCUCCAUCGCCGGAACAUGCGCUACGGGCAUAAUCGCCGUUGUGAAGCCCGACACGCUCGUUGGCGACAUGCAAGCGACCAUCGAUCUGGAUAAGGCCCACGAUCUCGUGAUCGUUGAAGGCGGGAUUAUGCUCGCGCUUUUCAUGCUCCAGCUCGUGUUGAUUAUCCUCAUGUGCUGCGCGCAGUCGUGCGGGUGCCUGGACGUGGGAUACGAGGAGCUUGACUCCGCGUCGAACGCGAAGAAAGCGGCGGCUGAGGCGAUUAAGGAGGAGCAGCGCCGCGCGCGGAUUGAGGCGACGAGCGCGCACCAGCUGGCGCAGAAGAUGAAAGAGAAAUACGGGAUGGUGGCGGGCGGCAAGAACAAAUCGGAUUACGAUAUUGAGAAACGAUAA